UGGAAUUGGCUCUAGUAAAAUGUAUGCUGUUAGCAUUAAUAGUUUGGCUUCAAAUCCACACAAGCAAAAGUUGCCUUGAAGAGGAGAGAUUGGCUCUCUUAGGAAUCAAGGAUUCUCUUAAAUCAACUGGAUCUAAUGGAGAUCAUCUUUUAUCUUCAUGGAUAGAUCAACCAAAUAAUGAUUGCUGUAAGUGGGAGCGAGUCAUAUGUAAUUCUAUUACAGAUCGUGUGGUUAGGCUUUCUCUCAGCAAGACAACCCAAAAUGUGAGAAGAACAAAUACAUUGUUUCUAAACGUGUCUUUGCUCCGGCAUUUUGAGAAACUAACACAUCUUGAUUUAUCCUCCAAUAAAUUUGGUGGUUGGAUUGAGAAUGAAGAGGUGCCAAAUUUAAAAGGCAACUACUUGGGCGGGAGCCUCUCAACGCUAGAUUUCACUGCCUUCAAAAGCUUGGAAGUCUUGGAUUUGAGUGGAAAUGGGAUCAGUGGGAUCAUUCCUAACUAUGUAUGGGCACCAACUUCUCUCAAAGCAUUAUCAUUAUCUGGCAAUUCAUUUCAUGGAUCUUUACAAAUUCAAAGUUUUUGUGGAAUGGAGAGACUUGAAGAGUUGGAUCUUAGUUCUGCUGGUUUUAGUGGUGGCAUUCCUUCUUGCUUAGGGAAUUUUAAAUCUCUCAAAAUGUUGAAUCUGUCUAUAAAUCAAUUAUAUGGUGAGAUCCCAAAUAACUUAUCCAAACUAGAGACCCUAGACCUAUCACACAAUAACCUAUCAGGUGAGAUCCCAAAGCUACCAUUGAAUCAAUCCCAGAUUCAGUCACUGAACUUGUCCCACAAUCAAUUAACAGGCUCUAUCCCAAAAUCUUUUUUGAAUUUGUCAAAAAUAGAGAGCCUGAACCUUUCUUAUAACGACUUGAGCGGAAGGCUUCCACUGGAAUUGAUAGAUCUAAAGUUUCUAAAAGUAUUCACUGUGGCUCAUAACAAUUUGUCGGGUAAGAUUCCAGAGCAAUUCAAUAAAUUCAAUCGUUACAGUUACGAAGGUAAUCCACUUCUCUCUGGGCCAUAUUCAGAGAAAAAUAGCAGGGAUUGAUUGGCUCCCUGGACAAUGUUAUUGCCGCAUGAAGCAGAUGAAGGAUUGUUUUAGAUUGAUUGUGUGUCCUUCUUUGCAAGGUUUUUUUAGUGCUUUUUAUCAUGUUACUGUUGGCCCCUGUGAGGCUCUCAUCAGUUGUUGAUUCCUCUGUUCCUACAAUCUGUAAUAUAUAUCUUCAAUUAAAAAUAAAAAAAUAAAGCCUACCAUGUAUUGAAUGUUUUAU